AUGUCAAAUUUACAGGAAUCAAGCUCUGAUUCAAAGAGAUCAGAAUUACCUCCAACUACUAGUUCAGAACAUUCAAUACAACAUUUCAUCCCAACAGCAAAUUCCGACAGCAGUCAACUAGAAGCACAAAAUGAUAAUCAAGAUGAUUAUAACGAAUUAGGAGAAUCAAUUUCAAGACAAUCAACAGUGCUACAAAGGUUUCAAAGUAGAUAUUCAUUUUUCAGUAAAAAAAUAGACAAACAAAGAAAUGAUAUCUAUCUCAGUUUUUUAAAAGUAUAUUUGAUCAUAGCAAUUGGCUGUCUAGGUGUGUUUUCUAUUUAUUGGGGAUCAUUUUAUAGGAGACAAUCCAGAGUUAAAAAUCUAAGAAUGUUGGUGGUUUUGGAAGAUCAACAAUCCGAUGAAAUACCUCCUAUUUAUGGGAAUCAAAUGAGAGAGUUAUUGCAAACAGGUUAUGUUAAACUGCUCGGUGAUUGGCAUAUUUAUAACUACACGGAAUUCGAGGAAAUUGCCAUAAAACACAAUAAUACUGUCGAGGAAGAAGUGAUACGAGAAAUCCAUCAUCAACAAUACUGGUCUUGUAUCUAUAUCAAACAAAAUACAUCUAUUGAUAUUUAUAAUGGUUUGGCCAAUGGUCAGUUUUUCAAUGCUAGUAAUGCCACAUAUUCUUAUUAUGAAACAGGAAGACAUUUGACAAGCAUGCCAACUAUUAUUCAGUCCAUUCAAGAAGUACAAACUUUAUGGCUCGAUGAGAAUCUGGUAAUGAGUGAGAUAAUUAAAUUGGGAAAUAUCACUUUAGAUAAUGAAAAUUCCAUAAACACAGCAAUACAAUCAUUAGGAUUCCAAUUGGUGGAUCGUAUACCAUUAGUCAAUGAUGUCCUUAUUGCUAGUUUGCAAAUUGGUCUUUUGUAUUUAGUUAUUGUUAGUUUCUUCAGUUUCAAUUUCUUCGAUGGGGUUCAUAAAUCAGUAGCGCAAGUGGUUAAAAAACCGCAUUUUUUACUUUAUAGAACAAUUUCUUCUAUUGUUUCAUAUUUUGUUAUUAGUUUAAUGUUUGGAUUGGUUACAUUGGCAUUCCAAGUGAGUUUCUCAGUUACGUUUGGCAAAUCAGGUUUUUUGGUAUACUGGAUGGUUACUUUUCUCACUAUGUGGACAGUAGGAUUAGCUUCUGAGUUGGCUGCUUUGAUAAUUAUUCCAAUUUACCCUCCAUUGUUAGGAUUUUGGUUAAUUUUCUGGGUUAUCAUUAAUAUUACUCCUUCGUUUACCCCAAUAGCUCUUCUACCAGAAUUUUUCCGAUACGGGUAUGCUAUGCCAUUGCAUAAUGCGUUUGAGAUAUAUUGUGUGAUAUUUUUCAAUACUUACAAAGGUCAAAUUGGUAGGAAUAUUGGUAUUAUAAUUGCUUGGGUGGUGGUAUUAACAGCAUUGACACCUUUAGUAUUGAUUCAUUUUAGCAAACAGAUGGCCAAGAAAGCAGCCAGAGCAGCUGAAGCUGAAGCAAAAGAAAAAUAA